CUUUCAAAAUCUAUGGAGAUGAGAAGCAACUUUACACUAGGAACUUUCCUCCUCCUUUCUUCACUUGUUUCAUUAUCUUAUUCAUACUCUACCGACGAAGAUUCUUCGCAACUUAUGUCCAGACGCUUACUUAACCAAGCUUCUGACAUGUCAAUUCAACAGUAUCUAAUACCUCACAACAUUAUAAGAGAAGAGCGGCGGCUGCCUCCUCUCAAAUGGAGCAAAAAGCUGGCAAAAUUUGCUUCGUGGUGGGCACAUAAGAGGCAAGCAGAUUGUGCUUUGAUCCAUUCCAAUAGCGAUUACGGGGAGAAUCUCUUCUGGGGCAGCGGCAAGGAUUGGAAACCAGGCGAUGCAGUGGCCGCGUGGGCGGAGGAGAAAGACUACUACGACCAUAAAAAGAAUGCAUGCACCAAAAAUAAAGACUGCUUGCAUUAUACUCAAAUGAUUUGGAAGGAUAGCUUGAAGAUUGGAUGCGCCAAAGUUGUGUGCAGAAGCGGAGAUACGUUGAUCGCUUGUAACUAUGAUCCCCAUGGGGUAGAUGUAAGGCCUUCGAGCUUGGCACUUGGUGUCCAGGUGCGUUCUCAGUUGCUUUGGCUCGUUUGAGUGUUUUAGUGUGUUCUGGAUGGUUAACUGUGUAUCCAAAUCCGUUUAUAUAGUUCAUGGGGCAGGUUUUCAAUGGUUAUACGAUUUGUUACUUAAUUUUAUAAAUGUUUACAUGAUCUCUUGAAUGUAUAAAAUGAGAAUUUGCAUUGAUUGAUUUAGAAUAAUUGAUCAGGUUAUAUAAUGUGUGUAUAAACAUAAAGACUUACCUGUUGAAUGGUUGUGAAUGACAGGAUUAU